AUGGCCGCCAAGGGCCCCAAGCAGACUCCCGAGGAGGCCGCUGCUCCCCCUCCCCCCGAAAUCUCCGUCGACUCCACCGCCUCCACCUCCUCCCUCGUCGACGUCGACAUGCCGAGCGUACACACCGUUCCCAAUGACUUCCUUGAGCAGGAGAUCCAGACAGAAACUCAAGCCGAUCGCGUCGACCGCGAAGAGAAGGCCCGCGCCGAGGCCGACCUCGCCAAGAAGAAGGCUGCCUCCAAGGCCCGUAAGGCCGAUUCGUGGCUCAAGCGCCAAUUCUCCUCCCUCUCUGACGGCACCGCCAGCGCCCUCGUCGUCUCCAACCUCGUCGGCGUCGUCGGCCUCAGCGCCUUCCUCGGAUACAAGGCCUGGGGUCUCUACGAGCGCGGCCGUCUGUCGUGGCAGAGCGUCGGUCUGGGCUUGGGCAUCCUUGGUGUUGUUGGUCUCGGAGAGGGUAUCUUUGGAAGCUACCUGUACAAGACUAAGGGCAAGAAAUAA